GAUUCUGCGCAAAAAAUGAAGGCAUUGGCUGUUGUUUGCCCCCCAAGAAUUUCCUUCUCCUCCUGCUCAAACUCGUCAUGGCAACAACGACACCUUCGGCUUCAGUCCAAACCGAAAUCCCAGCUCCGAAUUUGCUCACGGUUUCGGGUCUCGUCUUGUUUGAUAAAAGAGGGAGAAAGGCAGAAACACAAAGGUGGAGUGGUGGAUGAGUUGUUGCUGAAUGUGUUCAGGAACAAAAUGGUUAAACAAGUGGGAUGGGAUUCCCAUAAGCCGGGAUACGAUGGACUAAUUGAAGUUGCCAACCGGAUGAUGCUCAACAACCCAACAAAUUCUGAUACUAAAGAAGCUGCCGUCCGAGUUCUGAUAUCUUUGUUUCCACCAUUCCUGUUAGAACUGUAUAAACUGCUCAUAGCUCCUAUACAAGGCGGAAAAAUAGCCGCCUUCAUGGUUGCAAGGGUGACUGCAAUCAGUUGUCAAUGGCUCAUGGGCCCCUGUACUGUUAAUUCUGUCGACCUACCCGAUGGGAAUUCAUGGACUAGUGGGGUGUUUGUCGAGAAAUGCAAGUACUUGGAGGAAAGCAAAUGUGUAGGGAUCUGUGUCAAUACUUGUAAGCUUCCAACUCAGUCUUUUUUCAAGGAUUACAUGGGUGUCCCUUUACUGAUGGAACCGAACUUCAACGACUAUAGCUGCCAGUUUAAAUUCGGGGUCCUUCCUCCACUUCCCGAAGACGACGCCGCUCUCAAGGAGCCUUGCUUAGCCAUAUGCCCUAAUGCUACCCGAAGAAGAGAAAGAAACAUUAAUAUAGAGCAGUGUCCCAAGGCAUAAAUACAGUAAAAUUGCUUUGCCACCGGAGACAUCAUAUUAUUAGAUAGUCUGUUGUGUAUAUAACUAGUUCAGCAGCUUCUUGUAUUCCUGUACUCUCUCGAUAGUCACCUUCUUUAGGACUUUGUCACUUUCUUUGUUAACUUGUUACUGUUGUGUAUAGACAAACUUCAUCUCUUAUAUACAGAAAUCUGCUGUCAAUGAUGAUAAUAAGUUGCAGGUGUGUGAAGGUGACUUACCUAGCAGUAGCUUUGUUAUUCACUGAGCCUUGGGCCCUAAGCACGAUACAGAAGGUACUUCAAUAAAAAGGAAAUUAACCA